AUGAACACAAUCGUCUUCGGCCACCCCUCGGCGAAUCCGCUACUGCUGGCAAUCGAGGCCGCAAGCGAGCCCAACAGCUACCUACUACUGCUCAUAAACGCGUUGGAAGGCCCUCAAAAAGAGCCCGAACGGAUACGUCCUCCCCUACAUACUCCUCCCAAGCCAGCGAUAGUUGAACAAGAGGAGGAUCUACAACAGGCAAAUGCGGAGAACACUGCGGAGAAACCAAGCGGCAACAAGGCCACCAUCGUCAAAAACACGGCUCAGCUCUCCAAGAUCCCACGUCAUAUGCUCUCCACGGUUCCACAUCAAAUCAUCACUCAGCAAGCGGAGAACACCACUGCAACUUAG